AUGAAGACCUUUAUCUUUGUCAUUUUGGUCAUUUCAAUUUAUUAUAUAUCAACAAUCAAUACAUAUCAAUUAAAAGAAGAUAAUAAUAAUGAAAACAAUGUAAUAGCUAGUAGUAAUAAGACAUUACUACCUUAUAGGGACCAUUAUGGUAUGAUUCGAGUUCAAUUGGAUUGUGAACACAUAGCAAUGGAAGAUUGCUUGUUGACGAAUGGAUGUGUACCAUUCCGCUAUAGAACUUGUUGUGGUAGAACUGGUGUAUACUGUGCAGCAUACGAAGAAUAUAAAUGUAGAGAGGCACUGUAUUGUAUGAUCAAGACAGACACUGGAGAGAUUUGUGAAAUGCAGAACGAAUGUAUACCAACGACUGGCUUUGAAUACUACCUCGUCAGAAACUUUUCAUGUGAAGAUCUAGACUGUGAAUCAAAAGGUGAGAAAUGUGCAUAUGUACAAAAUUCUUGUGAAUCUACUACAUGUUGUCUAUUUCCAACUGCUACUUGUUUCCCUAAAUCUCCUCCUUCUUCUACUCCUCCUCCAUAUCCAUCUCUAUUACACCCUUCAACACCAUCUCCACCUCCUCUUAUUGAAAAACAACAACAACAACAACAACAACAACAAUCAACAAAUAAUAAUAAUAAUAAUAAUAAUCAAAAUAAUAAUAAUUAUCUAAGUAAUCUAUUUAAAAUAAUUCGUCACAAUAUUGGUUUAUUACAAUCAAAAGAUAAUAAUAAUAAUAUUAAUCAAAAAGAAGAUAAUCAAUAUAAUAAUCAAAAUAAUAAUCAAAAUAAUAAUAAUAAUAAUAUUGAUCAACUUGAUAGUUAUAUUCUAAAUGAAGACGAAAAUAUUUAUGAAAUUAAUAAUCAUUUUUUUAAUCUAAAUGAUGAAAGUAAUUAUGACCAAUUUAUUAAUCAAAAUAAUAAUCAAAAUAAUAAUAAUAAUCAAAUUAAUAAUAAUAAUAAUAAUAAUAAUAAUAUUAUUAAUCCAAGUAUUGAUGAUCAUCUGGGUAAUCAACAACAACAACAACAAGUUGAACAAACUAAAAUUAUUCAAACAUCAGGAUGUGGAACAACAGUUUGUCCACCAUCAUUUACAGAGUGUAUAGAGAUUGAAGGAAUACCUGUAUGUUAUUCACUCUCUGAACGACCAGAUGAAACGACACCUAAUCAAUUCCUAAGUGACCAUGGUUUUCUUGAAAAGAAAUAUCAACAAAUUGAACAACAACAUCAACAACAACAAUUAAGAUAUAAAUGCUCAGAUGAUGUUUGUAGUGAAGGAUAUGGAUGUAGAGAAUAUGAAAACAAAUUUGUUUGUUUAUCAUUUGAUUAUAUUGAAUCUAUCAAAGAAUCCAUUUAA